GGUAGGAUGCGAAGAAAAAAGUAGAUAAUUUCGUGGGCCGUUUUGGACAAUGCGAGGGCUUGUCAAUAAUUUUAAACGGCUCACUUUCUGAAAACCCGUUCACCUAUUGAAUGAAGCAUCGACCGAUUUUAAAAUGACCUGCUUUCAUUUGGAUGACUUUUUAGCUGGGUGGAUUGGUGGAGCCUCCAGUGUUGUCGUGGGUCACCCUCUGGACACAGUAAAGACACGACUUCAGGCAGGGAAAGGUUACAAGAACACAUUGCACUGCGUACUUACAAUCUAUCGCAAAGAAACGGUCUCUGGUUUCUUUAAAGGCCUGUCCUUCCCCCUGGCCAGCAUCACGGUCUACAACUCGAUGGUGUUUGGCUUCUUCAGCAACACACAGCGGCUCAUCAGCCAGUAUCGCUAUGGCGACGGCCGGCACCCCUCGGGCAUGCUGGACCUGACGGUGGCCAGCAUGCUGACCGGGCUGGUGUCAGUGGGUCUGGGGGCGCCGGUCGACCUCGUCAAGAUCCGACUGCAAAUGCAGACUCAGCCCAAGCCCCUUUUAGCAGAGAGUUUCCACCUGGCGGGCGGUGGCAACGGUAGUGGCAUGGUCCCUCUCCACACCUCCUCCCUGCAGCUCCAGGCCCAGGCCCAGCCCAUGUACCGGGGGCCCAUCCACUGCAUCAGCAGCAUCCUGCAGACGGAGGGCGUCCAGGGGCUGUACCGCGGCGCCGGAGCCAUGAUCCUGCGUGACGUGCCCGGCUACGCGCUCUACUUCAUUCCCUACACACUGCUCUGUAACUGGUUUAGCCCCGAGGGCAGCGCAUCCGCACACCCCUGCUCCAUAUGGCUGGCUGGAGGACUGGCAGGUUCCAUCUCGUGGGUGACGGCCACUCCUGCUGACGUGGUGAAGAGCCGGCUGCAGGCGGACGCCAUGCACCAGAGGAAGUACAGGGGCAUCCUGCACUGCAUCACGCACAGCUACAAGACCGAAGGAAUACACAUCUUCUUUCGGGGAGCCACAGUGAAUGCCAUCCGAGGGUUCCCUAUGUCCGCCACCAUGUUCCUCACCUAUGAACUUUCGCUCAAGUUUUUCCGGAGCCUGUAGACUCCCCUCCCUAACCUGAACUUCACUAAGUGGAUUUAAACCUUGCUUUGCAACUAUUGCCAUGGUUACUCGAGUUACUUGUAACGCAAGGUAUUACAAACAGAGGGUUUGGGAUCCUUGUCCAUUUUUAAGCCACGUUAAGUGACUUCUAUGUGUAUUGGCCAUAAUUAAUGAUGUAUUAAAUGAUAGAUUUUUUUAAUUGCCAGCUCAUUUCUUAUAUUAAGAAAGACGAUAUGUUUUAUAUGCACCUAAAUAUAUAACUUUAUAAGCAUGUUUUACAUUUACCUCACUUGUUUUAGUAUAAGUAUUGAGUCAAUACUAUACUAAUUUUUCUUUUUGUCUAAACGUUAUGUCGCUGUUUAAAUGUACUCAACACGAUUAUAUCCAAACCAUUCAAGAGCAACAAUUAUAUCUUAUGUCACACCUGUUACAUGUUUAUAUUUUUACAGUUUUUAAAACAGCAAACAUGUAACAAAAAAUAUGUCACUAAUCAUCUUUAAAUAAAGAACAAACCUGUAUGAGCACAAA